GCCUACAUGCAUACGUACCUACACGUAUAUAUGUGCAUAUAUAUAUAAAUUAACCAAGAAGAUUCUUUAGAAGCUGAGAAAAUAUCUGCUAUUUAAUAUAUUAUAAACUAAAUGUCAGCCAUGUGUUAAAGAAGCCCAAAUACAAACAGGAACAACUGAAAGCAGAUUUUAAACUUUAUUUCAUGAAAACUUUGCAGAAUGGCUAGAAUGGAGCACAGACCACCAACAUUUAGUUGUACCUGCUGUUGCACAGGGUGGGAACCAACCAUACUGGAGCUUUUCCAUUAAUGAAUACUAAGUUUAACAUGUUAUAUGAUAUGUAUUAUAUUAGUCCACCUCCAGCACGUUCAAGCACAUCUCUUUUGCAAUAAACGGAUGCCCGCUCUCAUGGACGGAUGUUUUAUGGUUAGAAGUUGCAUGCUCGGUGAUUUUAAAGUCCGCUUGUUAUCUCUGGGAUAUAAAGGUCAGAGUCGUCUAGUGAAAUUUCCACAGGCGGCACCGAUGUGAACGAAGGGGAAAAGAUGCCACGUUUUCAGAGCUUGACCUUCCUGUUGCUGCUGAUUUUUCAGUGCGUUUAUGCCUCCUGGCCUUCACGGUGUGACACUCCUGAAGGGAAAUGUGACUUUGUGUGCGAUUGUUCUGACUGUGCUGAUGAGCAAAACUGUGGCUACUCUGGAAAGUCAUUUGAGUGUGACUUUGAGGAUGACGGAGUUUGUGGAUGGACAAUCGAAUCCUCUGGUGGAUCAUACACGUGGCAGAGAGAUCAGAGCGGGGACCGGCUGCCGGACAGCGGACCGUCUUCUGACUACACCACCGGCACAGCUACAGGCUGGUUCAUGUCAGUGAGUGCAGUGGGGGCAGAGUCUCUUCAGAGUUCAGUUUUAAUCUCCCCGGAGAUAAAACACUCUUCACCAACGUGUCGUCUGCGCCUCAGAUACUUCCUGUGGGACUCAGGUCACACAGGACUGGGAUGCACUCCUCUGUGGGCGUCAGUCCUUCACCAGGGCUCUCAGGAGGCCGUCGUGUGGCGCCCUGAGGCCUCGAGCAUUCGUAGCUGGAGGGAAGCCACCGUCUUUCUGGGCCGCAUCUCCUCCCCGUUUCGUAUCCGUCUUCACUCGGCGCGCUCGGAGGGACAAAAAGGAGACGUAGCCGUAGAUCAGCUGGAGUUUCUAGACUGCGCUCUGCCCCUGCCCCCCCCUGGGACCGACUGCUCAGAGGGGACGGUGCCGUGUGGCAGCGGGGGCUGCGUGGAGCAGCGGCAGCUCUGCGACGGCACCGAUGACUGUGGCGACGGCAGCGACGAGGAGCCCUGCAGUGGUUACAACCGCUGUGACUUCGAAGAGGGUGUGUGUGAUUGGGACCUGAGAUCAUUUUCCACACUGAAAUGGAUCAGAACAAAUCAGGAGAACAUCUCAAGAAUUGAUCCUCAGAAAGGUCCAGGCAGAGAUCACUCAAACAAUUCAGCAUCAGGUCACUUCCUGUAUGUCACCGUCCCUGAUAGUGGUCUCACGAUGGACUGGGCUGUGUUUCAGAGUCCGCGUCUGGAACCUACAAAUACUUCACAUCCUUGUAAGAUGGUCAUGUACACUCACCAGUUUGGGCCGAGGUCCGGCGGUCUGACGGUUCUGGUGGCAGAUCGUCUGAUCUCCCCAGUCUGGGAACGAGGCGGAGCUUUAGGAGACCUCUGGGUGAAGGCGGAGGUGGAGAUAGUAUCCGACUCUGUUUUCCAGAUUCUGAUAAUGGCAGCUAUCAGAGACUUUGAUUAUGGAGGAAUCGCUGUCGACAGCAUCGUGUUGUCUCCUGAAUGCCGUUUAUCAACUGGGAAUAGCACCCUGGAGAAAUUUCCCAGACCCCCGAAGCACCCUUGCAUCGAUGAUCCAGCGAAGAUGUGUGAUUUUCAGGCUGACUGUGCUGGUGCAGAGGAUGAGGCCAAAUGUGGGGAUUUCUCCUAUGCUGAGGGCAGCUCAGGCUGGACUGACACCAGUGUGGGGAGUCAAGGUUGGGUGCUGUAUAAAAACUCAACAACUGAAGAGUACUUGUACGUAGCCGAGGCUGCAGGUCAGCAGCUAACAGAAGCCCAGACUCGGACACCCCUCCUGGGUCCCACCGGCCCAGCCUGUAACCUAAGCUUUGACUUUGCGCUCACUGGGAGUUUGGAGCACAUCGGGGAGCUCUCCGUCAGGGUGAUCGACAGCUUGCUGGGGCCGAGACCUAAACUGUGGGAGUUCAGUGGGAAAACGGGAGCACAGGAGGAGGAAGAGGCUUGGAAACAUGCUGAAAUUCUUAUUGGAGUCAGGAAACAUCGCUUCCAGCUGGCAUUUGAAGCCCGUGCUGUGAAAGUUCAGCCUUAUGCAUGGAUCAAAGUGAGGAACGUUCACUUCACCAGCUGCCACGCUGACUAUUCUCCAUCUGCACCCACGGGGCUGUCGUGUAACUUUGAGGAAGGGCUGUGCGGUUGGUAUCAGGACAACAGUGACGACUUUGACUGGUCUGUGGUUACUGGGAUGGAUCACACCGUUGGGAUAGGCCAUAGUCUUGUUGUGGACAUGUGGAGUCCUUCACUGCGUGGAGCGUUUGGACGCUUGGUGUCAUUUCCACAGCUGUCGACAUCCACGGAGAAGUGCCUGAUCUUCUUCUAUAAGCUCUACGGGCCAAACGCAGGUGCUCUGAACGUGAAGCUGAUAGACGGGCUUGGCUAUGAGAUCACACUGUGGACCCGCAGUGGAGCUCAUGGCAACGAGUGGCACGAGGCGCACUGCCCUGUUCCUCACCAGCUCACAGGCUUUCAGCUGUCGAUUGAAGCGGUUCGGUCCGGUUUCGACGGCCAGGUGGCCAUUGAUGAUGUGACAUUUUUGGACGGCCCGUGUGCCUUACCCAGAAAGUGUUCGUUUGAAGGCCAGAAGUGUGGCUACAGCAGUUACGGCGCAGUUAGGUGGCUCCAUCGAAGCGGACGCACCACCACGGCGAACGGACCCAAAACGGACCAUACGCUGGGGACCGAGCUGGGUUACUACAUGAUGGUCAACGCCGACGCAGAUAUUCUUCCAGCCGGUCAAACCACCGUCCUCGCCUCCCCUGUCCGUCGGGGAACCUCUAAACCAGAAUGUGUCAGUUUCUGGUAUCAUAUGCAAGGAAAUAAUCCAGGCUACCUUACGGUGUACAUGAAACCGGAGAAGGGAGAGAGAGUGCCGAUCUUCUCUGAAAGCCUGAAUCAGGGAGACGACUGGCGUCACGGCCAAGGCAACGUCUCCAGCGGCCUUGUGGACUGGCAGUUGGAGUUCGAGGUGGUCGGAUCAGGAAGCAGAGGUUCCCACGUAGCUGUGGACGACAUCUCUGUCUCCGCUCACCCAUGUGAAGAUCAAGCUUCUAAGUGCAGCCUGGAAAACGGGAUGUGCAACUGGAGCAACAUUCAGAACAACGAACGGGACAAGCUGGACUGGGAGCUGACCAGUCCGGAGGCAGAACGGCACUAUCCCGUCCCGCCUGAAGAUCACACCCUCGGCACAGAGAAAGGUCACUUCCUGUUCUUUCCCAGCAGCAACAGGACCCCAGCCAAUCAAAACGCCUGGCUGCUGAGCUCUCACCUGCCCCCGACUCAGGCCACCUGUCUGCGAUUCUGGGCCUACAAGCUCCACUCAUCGGACUGCCAGCUGAAGAUCUGGAUACUCUCUGGGGGUCUCAUCUAUGAGCAGCUGACGGUGAACGAACUCGGGGAACCCUGGAGGCACUUUGAGCUAAACAUCACGUCACGGGAGGAGUACCAGAUUGUGUUUGAAGGGAUCAAAGGAACGUCGGGUUUCUUAGCUCUGGAUGACAUCGAGUACACUGUCGGAUUCGACUGCGCCACCAGAGUCACAGAACCGACCUCAAAGAAGCCAGACAACGCCGGAGGGAUCGCAGCCUCUGUGAUCGUGGUCCUGCUGCUGAUCGGCACGUUGGUCGCCCUGCUCGUCUUCUACCUUCGGACCACACCGGAAGCCCAGGCUCCUCCGACCACAGCUGGCUUUAGCAACGAAGGAUACGUUUCAGACACCAGAGAGGACCGUGUGAACAUUUCUGCCAUAAAUAAUCAUCCAAUGGCUGCAGGCUUCAACAAUGUCUGUGUGAGUUUUAGUCCAUAACACAUUUCAGGGAUAAUGUUGGUUCUCCUGCUUUACGUUUCUUUAUCUGCUCGGACAUUAUUGUUAAGAAAUGACAGCAAAAGCUGCACAGCAACAAUCUGUCACCACAAGAGGGCAGCAGAUAUUCAUUUAGAAAACUAUAUAAACACACUGAACAU